AACAGGAAGCGCUUUACACAAGCGUUCAACAAGACGCGUUUAGCGGGAAGUUAUUGUAGUAUUUACAGCAGUGUUAGCCUUAUACCUGGGUUCUAAAGUACUUAGCAUCUGUUGGGAAUUUGCAACGUACUUAAAACGUGUCUUUUUAAAGUUGAUGAAUAGAUAAAUAUUAUAUUCUCGGUAUGAGUUUAGAGGUGGCUUGCUUGUCGUUUCGCCAGCCGUACGCUACUCUUGUGUUGGACGGGGUGAAGACCGUAGAGAGCCGCUGGCGGCCCCUGCUGUCAGGACUGAGGAACUGCACGCUAGCGGUUCACAUCGCUCAGAAGAGCUGGGAGGGAGAGGACUGGAGACUCAUCCUCACCGAGAGACUGGGAAUGACCACCGUGCAAACCGAGGAACUGCUGGAGUCUGGAGAAAGGUUCGGCCGUGGUGUUAUAGCAGGUCUUGUGGACGUUGGGGAGACGUGGUGCUGUCCUGAGGAUAUUCCCUGUGAAGAGAUGAGAGAGCUGGAAACUGCAGCUUGCUUGACUGAACUCAAAAUGAAAUACCUUACAAGACUCUCAAACCCCCGGUGGCUCAAUGAACCAGUAUAUUCCAGGGGCCAUAAAGACGUGUGGACGGUACACGUCCCAGUUCAUCUCCUGCCCUCCGCUCCUUCACAACCGUAACAGUGAAGCAAAGUUUUCAGUUGUGUAUUUGUGUCUG